CCGGCCCCGAGCGCCAUGGGCCCCGCGGGCGCGCGCCCCGGCUCCGCGCCGCCGCCGCCGCUGCUGCUGCUGCUGCUGCUGCUGCUCCGGGCCGAGCGGCCGCGGGGCGCCGAGCUCACGUUCGAGCUGCCCGACAGCGCCCGGCAGUGCUUCCACGAGGACGUGCCGCGGGGCGCCAAGUUCUCCCUGGACUACCAGGUCAUCACCGGAGGUCACUAUGACGUGGACUGCUACGUGAAGGACCCCCUGGGAAAGACCAUCUACAGGGAAACCAAGAAGCAGUACGACAGCUUCACGCACCGGGCUGAGGUCAAGGGCGUUUAUCAGUUUUGCUUCAGCAACGAGUUCUCCACCUUCUCCCACAAGACUGUCUACUUUGACUUCCAAGUGGGCGACGAGCCCCCCAUCCUCCCAGACAUGGGGAAACGGGUCACGGCCCUCACCCAGAUGGAGUCCGCCUGCGUGACCAUCCACGAGGCCCUGAAGACGGUGAUUGACUCGCAGACGCAUUACCGGCUCCGCGAGGCCCAGGACCGGGCGCGGGCAGAGGAGCUCAACAGCCGCGUCUCCUACUGGUCUGUGGGCGAGGCCGUCGCCCUGUUGGUGGUCAGUUUCAGCCAGGUGCUGCUGCUGAAGAGCUUCUUCACCGAGAGGCGGCCCGUCCCCCGGGGGGCGCUCUCCUAGUCCCCGCGCCGUGCCUGGCACCGAGCUGCCAUCCUGGGUCAGGGCUCCUGCUGGGCCGGAGGCAGCGCCGCCCGGGGAGGUGCACACGCCUGGUCCCCGGUGGCCAGCGGCCGGUGCCGGAGACGCAUCUGACCACAUCGCGUGGGUAACACGGAGAAAAGCACGUGGUCAGGCAGGGACAGGCCGCUUGCGGGGCCCGCAGGAGGGGACCGGCUCUGGCCCGAGGGGGAAGCCCGAGUGCCCAGCCUCCCGAGGGCGGCUCCGGGUGCCAGGGUCAUCCGGCUUCUGUGCGGAGGGAGGGGCCCUCUGGCGGCUGCGUCCCGUGGGCCCUGUGCCUGGAGAAGACGGGCCUGGGGCGGCCGCGCAGAAAGCCCCACCCCAGGCGAGCAGGGGCACCGUGCGGCACCGGGAGGAAGCUGGUGGCCGGGAGCCCUCAUCGGCCGUGGGUCCCCUGGAGGCAGCACGUAGGUUAAUAAAAACGAAGCCCAAGCACUGGGGA